UGAAUUUUGAUAUAUUUUUUGUAAAAAUUGGAUUACAAAUAAAAAAGUUAUAUCACUUUAAAAAUGAGAGAUUAUUUCUCCUUCUUUUGCUCCAAAUCAGCCGUGAUGUAUAGAGUUAUUUAUUUGAAAUAACCGUGAUAAUAGGAUUUGCAUUAUCCAAUAAAAUGUUGACGUAUCAUUAGUUUUUAACUCAACUUUACUAUAUAAAACUAUAGAUCGUUACUCUUCCUGGCUGGCUGGCCUGACGCUCAAGCUCCCUCCUGCUGGACUGGAUGGCAGUCUCUCGCUGGGCUUGAAGGCAGACGGGGCGGGACUGGAAGCAGGCUCCCUGCUGGGCCAAAGGCAGGCUCCUAGCUGGUCCGAAAGUCAGGCUUCCGGUUGGGCCAGCAGGCAUGCCGUCUUGGGCUUCCGCUCCUUGAUCGGUUGGGCCAACUCGAGCUCUGGGUUGAUGGGCUAACUGAUCAGCCUAACCUAGCGAGAUAGUGGACCCGAGCUUGGGCCUCUCAUCCAUGUCGUGGCCUGGACUCACGAGUCCAAGUUCGGGGCCUGAGCCGGUUAGGCUUUGGUCUUAAUCCCAUAACUUCAUCACGAGUCUCUCACUCCCUUAGUCGAGUAGCAGGGGCGGAGGUAGCUUGAUUGGCAAGGGGGGCAUGGCCCCUCCCAACUAUUUUUUUUUCUUGGAUAAGGGUCAGUUUGGUCCUCGAAGUUGCAAAAAAAGGGUCAAAUAAGUCCUUAUAUAGAAGAUUCUGUCCGGACAUGCCAUUUGAGGUGGCUCCCGGUGGAAUUUUUUGAUGAAAUUUUUUGAGCAUCUUAUUCAUUAAGUCUAGUUUACUCAUACCAAAUUUCAGAUAAAAAUUCAAUGGGGAAGACAUUCAAAUGAAUUCUUGAAGAUAAUUGUGCCGUUAAAAGCGAUGUUAUCUUCAAGAAUUUAUUUGAAUGUCUUCCCGAUUGAAUUUUUAGCUGAAAUUUGGUAUGAGUAAACAAGACUUAAUGAAAAAGAUGCUCAAAAAAAAUUAUCACAAAAUUCCAUUGGGAGCCACCUCAAAUGGCAUGUCCGGACAGAAUCUUCUAUAUAAGGACUUAUUUGACGCCUUUUUUGCAACUUCGAGGACCAAACUGACCCUUUACUCAUUUUUUUUAAGUUAGUAGACUUAAAUAUUUUUUUAUCCCCCCAAACCUUUACGAAAGUGUUUUAAAGACUAUUACUAGUUGGCUUAGUUGCUACUUGGUGCUAUAUGUACUACGUGUCUACGUACUACGUAACUUAUUGCUACUACGGCUCUAAAGGCCCAUCGUAUUGAAAUAUGGAGACAAAGCAUUCCAAGCCCAAAAUUAAAAUAUACUAGUAUUUAUUAAAAUUAUUUUUGAAUCACAUUUACUCAUUUAAUAUAGUAAAAAGAGCCUAGGCAAAAUCUUACAUCGUGUAUACUAACGGCAGAACUCCAUUCAACUCUUGUUCGGAAAUAGUCGGCAAUUUAUUAAUUAUUUUACAUUGAAAGUAUUUUCAUUAGUUUAUUAUUAUUGACUAAAAAAAUCUAGCAUAGUUAGUUAAAUGGUUUAACUUGUUUUGUUCCUAGAUACGUAAUCUGUGAUUAUCAAUUUCUUUAACAUUGUUAACAUUUCAUAUUGGGUUAUAUUUUACAGUUACUAAUCUACAUAAAUAACUAAUUCAAUAAUUAGUGAAUACUUAACUAAAGAAACAACAUUAAUUAUUUAAAGAUUAUUACUCCCUCCGUCCAAUUUUCAGUUAGCCAAACACUAUAAUCAAGAAUGUAGAAAUUAUAAAAACGUGAAAUUACAAUAACGUAAUAUUAUAUGAGAAAACAUAGAAAAAAGUUUUUACAAUACACCUACAAUAUUUAUUGUCUUACUAUAGUAAUGACAUUAAGAGCUUAAACACUAGAAGGAUUCUCUUAUCCAUGAUUUCUAUGACAUACAAGAGUGACGUUUAUAAAUUUUAACUCACACGGUAUGAUCAUGUACUUUUGAAUAUUUUAGAUGAAUAUGAGUACAUCAUUUAAUGUUUAUUUCAUUUUUAUUUGAAAUGUUUUUUAUAUUUCAUUUCACCCCGGCCCCCUCUCCCUCAUAUCCUGGCUCCGCCCCUAUCGAGUAGUAGACUAGACCAAGAGGGAGUGGUCCAUGUCAGCUGCCAAUCUAAAAUUUAUUCACAUACCAGGGAGCAUUAAUUGUGGAUUUUGCCGAUCCCUCAAAUUAUGGAGAUAUCCUAAUUUUAAUAAAGCCCUCAAUUUUAAAAGACCCCAAAUUAUUUCCCUCAGAAUCCCAGCACUUCAGCAGUAAGCUUUCUUCCAGAUUUGAGAACCCGGGUCAGCUUUCGAAAAUUCUUGAAAUUCAUUAUUAAUUUUUUAUUAUAAUUUUCGGAUUUUUUCCCUUAAGGGUCGUGAAAAAAGAAAAAAAAUCUUUUUUUUCUUUUUUUUUUCUUUUUUUUUUCUUUUUCUUCUUUCCUUUCUUCUUAUCUUUCCUUAUUUCUUAGACCGGCGGAAAUCCACGCACAGGGGUCUUGGGAGUCGCGUCUUCUGCCCGUGACAGGACUUGUGUGAACUGUAGCCCUAGUGUCAUGAUCAAUGACAGGCUUUGACCGACGCAUCGCAGUUUGGGUCUCCCCUCACCUGAUUCCUAGUCGCCAGCGGCUGUCUUAUGCAACUCUCGGGUUGCCGAUGUCAUCUCUGAAAUCCGACAGUCGUCAUGCACUGCUCUGUGGCGACCGGCGUCAAUCUUGGGACAUGGCAGUUGUCUUGCGCUGCUCUCUGGCGAUCUGCGGCAGUCUUGAAGCAUGACGGAUGUCCCACCUCCGGAUGGGGCAUUUGGAAGGCUAAAGACGUGACCACCUUUGUCUUGCGUUGCUCUCUGGCGGCCGGCGUCAAUUCCUAGCCUGUGGAACACCCGGGUUACAGCGGCUGCAGCCGGGUCUUGAGGGAGUCAGGCAACUAUUUGAGACAAGCUAGCGCCAACAUGACUGCCCCCGUCCCCGGCGGCUGCCACUCUACAGGCAGGCGUUGCUCAGAAAACUGGCAGUUGUCCCAUUGCUGACUGGCAUCGCUCUUCCUCUAGGUAGUCAAGCCGUCAAGGGUGUUCCUCUUGUUGACGCACUCCAUGUAGGCCAACGGUUUGACUUUUUUUUUUUGUUUUUGCUAGUCAGCCCCUUCAAAUUUGACCAUACAAGAAGUGGGGCACUCCCAUCACAGAAUCGAUGGCCAAGAACUCCACUCAUAGACGCAGCCUGACGGCGAGGGUUCCCCUGAUGUUGGCGUCUCUAUGGUGGAUGACAGUACCUGACUUCCUCUGAUUGCGGUUGGCAGAUCCUUGCACGCCACCAUAAACGGCGAGCAGAAUGGUGUGAAUGGGCCGUCACCUAGGGUAGAUUGAAAACAUGGGGCAAUCAUGCAACCUGCACGGGUCAAUCGUAGCCCUGACCACGCAUGCAUGGCGAUGUUACCGAGUGGCAGGUUGAUGUUCUAUACGUGUUGAUUUUAGUUGGGCGAAUUACUAUCCAUGAGGGUCGACUCCUCAAUGUUCCAGAUAGAGUGCAUGCAACCUGUGGACGUGCCAGAUUCCGACAACAAUUCCGAUGUUUUCGAGGACCCGAGUUUUUGGUGGGACCUUGAUAAUAGUAGGAUAACGGACCUCCCUUCUCAUGUCACAGACGAGGACCUUGUCAUAGUAUACAACCUUAUUAGUGGAAAUUGUUUGUUGAAACUUUCGGUGGCUACUGAUGUAUUAAAUGAUCCCACACCCCUUACUUUGGGGUCCAUAUCUGCUCUCUGGAGCUAGGGAUGGUCGUGCUUUUGCAUCCCUUCCUGGUGUAGUUCCUCCUCCACUUCCUCUGGUUGGGGUCAGGUCAAUUAGUUCUGGUGGCUCACAUGUUCGCUGCAGCUUUUGUGGAGUGAUGUAAGAACGUGGGCAUCACUCCCACGAUUGAUUUGUUUUCUAGUUGCUUCCAAUGGAGUGCUUUCAGUUUUUUUAUCUCAGUCUCCCAGAGGCCGGUGAUGGAAGCAGAGAUGGAUUUGGGUGUCCAACCCCCACCUCCCGUCACCUCCGUUUCAGUGGGGUGAGCGUGUUCAGAAGUGUCACCGGGUCGCCCUCACCCCCUAGUCUCAAGCCCUCCAUCGAGGCACUAUUUGCAAGCAGCUUCCACUUCAUCAGCUCAUACUUAGGUGAUUGUUGUCUCCUUAGUCCAUGUUUGGCUACUUUGUAUUUCACCUUCCUCAUGCUCGUGUUUUUUUUUUUUUUUUUGCAGAUGUGCCAGAUAUGCUUGAGAAGUUUGUCAUCGGGGGCGAAUCCGAUGAGGAGGAGGCUCAACCAGUUGUCAUCCUUACAACUCCUAGGGCUGCCAUGGGGAAAGAGCACGGAGCCCCCUCGGACCGUGCAUCGCAGAUUCCGAGGAGGGUGAGGAUUGCCUUCAGUCCUCAGUCGGCCGUACCAGUGAAGGAGAAGCAGAAGAGGAAUAUCAUUGACCAGCUAGUCGACUUGGAUGGAUCUGAUGACGAGGAGGAGGAGUUUUCCCAGUUGCUUCCCAUGUGGCCCCUAAGGCCGUUGUGGGGAUAGAGCUCGGAGCCCCAUAGACCGAGAGGAGCAGGUCUCGAAGAAGGCGAAGGCUGAGGGGCUUCGAGCUAUUUCCCCGCAACAGCCUUGGGGCUACAGGGGCAGUGACAAGGCGAGGCUCCUCCUCGUCAUCGAAUCCAUCCAACUCGACUAGCCGGUCAAUGAUAUUCCUCUUCUGCUUCUCCUUCAC